GGCACGUAUGUGGAGCAAACAAAGCAAACUUUUCUCUUUAAAGGGUACGUGAAUCAUCUCAAGGUCAGGGUGUGGUGUUUGUGUGUGAGAGUGUGUGUGCAUCUAAGUUUAAUAAAGACUCUUCCUGAUUGUGUUAGUCUUUACUCGCUGAGCCCUCUUCAGGUAGCUGGAGGAAUUGUUCCCCUUGCGUACUGGCAUUAUUGGUUAAGCGUGUCAGGCCAGUUCCAGAGUGACAUGUUGUGUUUUCAUUACAGAGCUCAAGAAGCGUCAGUGCAAAGUCCUGUUUGAUUAUCUGCCUCUGAAUGAAGACGAGCUGGAACUGAAGGUUGGAGAUAUCAUUGACAUCACUGAGGAGGUUGAGGAGGGCUGGUGGAGCGGAAGCAUGAAUGGGAAGUCUGGACUCUUUCCUUCCAACUUUGUCAAAGAAAUAGAAUCAACUGAAGACACCGAGACGAGCGAUGUAACAGAAGAGCCAGAUGGCAUAGAUGGAGCGACUAGCCCCACGUCCCCUUACCAAGGCAACGGGGUCAUGGCCCAACCGAAGAAGAUUAAAGGUGUCGGAUUUGGCAACAUAUUCAGAGAGGGAUCUGUAAAACUCAGAGCCUCUCAAAGAACACCACCUGAAAAUGAGGAAAAGAAAGAAAAACCAAUCCCAUCAUUACCAUCUGCCACAAAAACCACCUCUUUGAGCACUCCUGAACCCCCUAAGGGAGAAAAAGAAGCAGAGAGCAAAGGAAAAGUAAAAGAAUACUGUAAGGCCAAAUUCCACUAUGAAGCAACUAACCAAGAUGAGCUGGAUUUAAAGGAGGGUGACAUCAUCCACAUACUGAGCAAGGACACAGGAGAGCCGGGCUGGUGGAGAGGAGAGAUCAACGGCCGAGAGGGAGUUUUCCCAGACAACUUUGUAGCUCCGCUUCCUGAGACAGGCAAAGAGACACUCCCAUCCAAAGGCUUCGUUAAAGCUUCUGCUAAACCGGAACCAGAGGAGAAGCCAAAGAAGCCCCCACCACCAUCUAAAACCCCAGCCCUGAAACCAGAGGCCCCCAGUGUGGACAAGAAGCCCCCGCAGUCACGGCCUGAAGAUAAAGUUGUCAAGCCCUUGCCUGAGAAGCCGGCCAAACCUGCUGGCCCCAUCGUGCCCCCGAAAAAACCUGUGCCUCCCAGCAAGGCACUUCUACGUCCUUCCAUCCACACAAAACGACCUGACUUGCCUCUCAUUCCAUCACCAUCACCAGCCGCCAAGCAAGUGCAAAAUGGAGAAGUUCCCCAUAUACGUACAAAGUCAGAGAGCGAACCUGUACCCAUCAAGCCAAAAACUGUGGACAGCAGUGAGAAGAAUUCAGAAACGGUUAAUCUCAUGAGUUUUGACGAUGUCUCCUCGGUCUCGGAGAAGUUGACCCACCCUACCGCACAGCGACCAAAGAUGCCUGGCAAAAGACCUCCUGGUCACAGAGGCCACUCCCCGAGCAAUGAAAUUGCUGAGAAAGCUGAGAAAAUCGAUAAGGUGGAUGAAGUUGAAACUGCAUCUUCCACGCCGAAUUCGUUCAAGGUACUUCAAAUAUGUAGUGCACAAUUCCAGUGGUGUACCUGAAAGCUCAAGUAGAACAACAGAUAUCUUACCAGAAAA